UUGUCAUGGAUGAUGAAGACGGCAGGUGCCUUCUAGAUGUAAUUUGUGACCCAGAAGCUCUCAAUGACUUUCUUCAUGGAUCUGAGACCCAUUUGGACACUGACGACCUUUUGGAUGGUUCGAGUGAUCCCUCCAGCUCGUUCUUCUCUACCACUGGGGGCCAUGUUUCAGAGGUCCAGCCUGCAGUCCAGCUGUCGGCCAAUGAGUCGGCAGGCCUGCCCAGAGUCAGUGUUGACCUGGACUUCUUGGAGGAUGAGGACAUCUUGGGAGGAUCCCCAGGCGGUGAAGGUGGGAGCAAUGGCAUUGGGACAAAUCACGAGCCAUGUGACAUCCUGCAGCAGAGUUUGGCUGAAGCCAACAUCACAGAACAAAGCUUACAGGAGGCAGAGGCUGAGCUGGACCUGGGCUCCUUUGGAAUUCCAGGCCUUGCGCAGGUGGUUCAGACGCUGCCUGAAGCCAGCCUCUCUGCGGCUGGAGGCACUACUGUUGGAGUAGGCAUAGGUGUUGGUGUUGGGGGAGCAGCAGCAAUUUUCCCUGGGUCAGCCCCGAGCACCACUGCUACGCCUCCCAAUGCUACAGCAGACAUGCUGGGGUCAGUGCUUGCCCAGCAGGGCCUUCAGCUUCAGCCCCAGGUUAUGAACAAGGCCAUUAGUGUUCAGCCAUUUAUGCAGCCUGUAGGCCUGGGAAAUGUGACGCUUCAACCCAUUUCAAGUCUUCAAGCUCUUCCUAAUGGGAGUCAGUCUGGACAUUUGGGUAUUGGACAGAUUCAGGUUGUUGGUCAGCCUACAGUCAUGACUAUCAAUCAGUCUGGGCAGCCAAUUCUGGCUAAAGCCAUGGGUGGUUACCAGCUGCAUCAGGCUGGGCCUGAGGUGUCAGGUGCUGGUUCUCAGGCAGCGCUUGGAGGCUCAGGAGGUGGACUUCUGAUCCAAGGUAACAAAGCCACUUUGGGCUCUCCAGCUUUAAAUGGACCAGCUGUUUGUGUCAGCAGCGCAAACAGCAGUGGUGGUGGUACAGUGGCUGCUCCUGCUGGGCUUGUGGGAUUUGGCAGCACCCCUCUAACUUCAGCAAUUGGACCCCAGACGCAAACUCAAGGCCAAAUCAUGCAGAAUGUGAUCAUCCAGCGCACACCAACACCCAUUCAGCCUAAACCUCCUCAUGGGGGAGCCAUCCAACCCAAACUCUUCAAACAGCAACAACAGCAGCAGUCAGCACCACAACCCCUGCAAAACGAUGCCCACAAGGCUCUAGGGUUGCAGCAGCUUCCAGUUUCUGCCGCUCAGAAUGUAGCCUUCCUGACAGGAAAGCCAGGUUCUAAUGUUGUCCUGAGUACUCAAGCCACAACACAAGGCCCUCAGUUUCAACAGACCCUAUUCAAGCAACAAGCAGGACAACCAUCUGGCAAGCCCCUCAGUGUGCACUUGUUAAACCAACCAGGCAGCAUCGUUAUUCCCUCUCAGACAGUUCUGCAAGGUCAGAACCACCAGUUUCUCCUGCCACAGCUACAGGCAGGUGGACAGAUCCUGACCCAGCACCCUGGUGGCCACAUCAUAACUAGCCAGGGUCCUGGUGGACAGCUCAUAGCAAACCAGAUUUUAACUACAAACCAGAACAUCAACCUGGGACAGGUGUUGACUUCACAGGGCCACCCUGGGGCUGCCCACAUUCUCUCUGGGCCCAUUCAGCUCCAGCCUGGCCAGAUGGGCACGCCCACCCUCUUUCAGAUGCCUGUCUCAUUGGCUCAGAGUCAAGGCCAGACACAGACCCACACAGUCUCAGGUCAUGCUCAGACAGUCAUACAGGGCAUGCCAAUCCAGAACUCUCUGACCAUGCUGAGUCAGGUGGAGGGACUGAGCCCCGCACUCAGUGUUCAGCCAGCCCUUCAACCUCAGCCAGGUGGAGUCCCCAGCAGCACCAGCACAGGAGUAGCAACUAUGGCUCAAGGCCAGCCUGGAGAGUGUGUUACUGUGCUGGGUAGCUCAACAGACCAGACUGCACAUCCCACUCAGCAGCAUGUGCCGCAGUCCUCUCUGCUCGCCAUGCAACCGCCUUCCUCUGUGUCCACAGCUACCACAGUAUCCUCCUCUUCUCCGUCCAUGUCUGUGUCCACCUCUUCCUCUGUCACAGCAGUGGGGCUGGUCCCCCCCCAGGCUCAACACAGUCCAGGGAGGUUACUGCUCACCAACCAGGGCUCCAGCAUGAUCUUGAGCCAGGAGUCUUUGCAGAUGUUCCUGCAACAGGAACGACACCACCAAACAGAGAAUGAGUCAGAGUCAACCCCCUCUGUGGGCGUACCAGCGUCUGUAAUCAUCAGCAGCAACAGCAUCACUGCUCCGGCCCCCUCUGUCCAUGACAGCCAAUUAACUGACUCUUGGGUGGGUCAGAGCGACAGUCCUUCCCCUGGCCCCUCCCACAUGACAGCAGUGGUAAAGCAGGUACCGUCCAGUGGACAUCAGCAGCCCCUGAAGAUCCAGGGCUUGUCCCCCUCAACGGCCUUGACCACUCAUGCUGCAGCACCCCCGGUGGUGGACAGCCCUCAGCCUUCCCAGUCUCCUCUCACUCUGAGCCAACAGAUGCAGUCACCACACCAUCAACAGCAGUCACGUCCUCCCUCCCAACCUCAGCCACAGUCUCAGUCUCAAACUCCCUCUCGCUCCUGUACACCUUCCUCUCACCCUCCACUCUUUAUUGUCCAUAACCAAAUAGCAGAGUCCCCCCAACCAGCACCACAAGGCCAGCCACAGCAGGCACAUAUUCAAGUUCAGCUUCAGCCCCAGCCACAGCCGGCCUCUCAGCCUGCCCCUUAUCAACAAGAGAUGCCUUCCGUGUCACAGUCGCCCAAACCUCCGCUUCCACCACCUGCACAGCACCAGUUCACUGUGCCUCCUGUCAGCACUUCUGCUACGGCUGUAGUGAAAGCCCAGGUUCCAAUCCAGGGCCUGACAGCAGAGCAGCAGCACCACCUGCAAUUAGUAGUAGCACAAAUUCAGACCCUGUCAGGCAUCACCCAGCCAUCUCCUCAGCAGAAACAGCUGCUGGAGAAGCUGCAUCAGGUCCAACAGAACAUCUUGCUGCAGGCCAAACAGUCUCAGCCUCAAGCCACUAGUCACUUCAGCUGCCAGCAAGACGUGCCUGUUGAUAAAGUAGUGAUUGCAUCAUCGGCCAGCUCUGGUACGCCCGCUCAGCUUCCUGCUGUGCUGCAGCCGACGUCAGUGCUUGUGAAAACUCCCGCUACAGCAUCAAGUGACUUACAGGUAUUCUCAGGAGCCCAGGGAGCGGGUGGAGCAGUAGUAAAUCAGACAGUCACUCCUGUCAGCCUUACCCAGCCUGCACAGGUUCAGCCAAAGCCAGGAGUGAUCAGCUCAGUUGGAGGGAUGACUCUGGGGAAAGGUGGCAUGCAGAUACAGGUGUUAGGAGCUAGUGUGACUCAAAUGCCUGCUCCACAGCCUCCAGCUCCAGUUCAGACUCAGUCAACAACAAUGAAGAUGCCUUUCAGUGCAGAGCCCAGCAAAGAAGCUAGGAUGCUAGAACAGCUGAGGAAACAGCAGGGUUCAGUGCUUCACCCAAACUACAGUGCUCCCUUUCAUUCUUUUGAGGACACACUGCACAGACUGCUGCCUUACCAUCUCUACCAGGGAACUGCCAACUCUUCUCAAGACUAUCAAAGAGUGGAUGAUGAAUUUGAGAGGGUCUCCUGCCAGCUGCUGAAAAGGACCCAGGCCAUGCUGGAUAAAUAUCGCUACCUGCUUUUUGCAGAGUCUAAAAGACUGGGCCCCUCGGCAGAGAUGGUGAUGAUUGAUCGGAUGUUCAUUCAGGAGGAGAAGAUUGCGUUGAGUCAGGACAGGAUUUUGGCCAAGGAGAGACCAGAGGAAUUUGUGGCAAACGUGCGCAUGUUGGAGAGUGUAAUGGGUGGAGGUGCAGCUGCUGUUGCUCCUGCUCCAGCACCUUCUGCUCCUACCCCAGCCCCUCUUCCAAAUAUUGCUCCAAACCCUCCGCCUGCACCCAUACUUGUUCCAGCUCCACCUCCUCCUGCAACCCCAUCUGUCACCCCUUUCCCCCCUACCAAACUGGUAAUAAAGCAUGGUGAAGCUGGAGCCUCUGUGUCCUGGUCCAGCAGCUGUCCACCACCUCCAGCUGCACCAAGCAAGGUGGUGGCUGAACCUGUCAGCCAGAACUCCUCUUUCAGUCGUGCUCCUGCAGCAUCUUCCUCUUUCUCCUCCUCAUCCUUCAAUUCUCAAAACGACGCUCUACCGCAGAGAACCAGCAAACCACCUAUCAAGACCUACGAGGCUCGCAGGAGAAUUGGCUUGAAGCUGAAGAUCAAGCAGGAUCAAACAGGGUUCAGUAAGGUGGUCCACAAUACUGCCUUAGACCCAGUGCACAUGCCUCAACCUCAGCAGAGCAGUCAGUCCAUAUCUCAGACUCAGUCUGAAGCUGCUGUACCACACCCAAAGUCCUACUCUUUAUCAGCUCCUUCUGCUACAGUGAUCAGAACUCAGUCCCCUGUAUGCACUGCUUCUUCUGCCUCAUCAGUCACCAUAGCCCCAUCUUCCUCUACCUCUUCCUCUCAUACUUGGUCAUCAUCCACCUCCUCCUCAUCCUCCACUCAAAUGAAUGGGACAGUGGAUCACAAUGAAAUGGGUGGGGUCAAGCACAAUCCUGCCUCCACUGCCACUUCCUCACAGACAACCUGCCGACUCCCCCUUCGAAAAACAUACCGGGAAAACAUCAGUCCCCGGCUCAGACCUGGUGUCCCAGGUGGAGGAGAUGAGAGUUUAUCCUACCCCAGACCCACGCCGUCAUCCCCCAGGCAUGAGGCCUCAUCCCCCUCAGAGCGGACAGUGAUAGCCAGUGUGAAGGUGGAGAAAAGGGGCAGGGAGGCCUCACAUACUCACACAGAGUCAAGCCACCAAAUGGGACAUUUAGGGAGUACAAUGCAGAGGCUGGACGAAGUGGACGAGGUGUUUAACCGUGGUAUCAAAACCACACACCAUCACCUCCCACAGCUCCUAGACACGGAAGGGGCAAAUGAGAGAGGGGAGGAACACACAGACCAAGAAACAAAUGUAAAUAAAUACACAAGAGCAAGUGGGAAAAAUAGGCAUAGGACAGGUGGGACAUUCAGAAUGGACCAGCAUGCCCCUGGGCCUCCCUCUCCAGAGUCCUUCACACGAGACUCUCUGCUUCCUGCCAAACGCUGCAAGUCAGACUCUCCCGACAUGGACAACGCCAGCUUCUCCAGUGGCAGCCCUCCAGACGACUCUCUGAACGAGCACCUACAGUGUGCCAUCGACAGCAUCCUAAACCUGCAGCAGGAGCCCUCUGCCCGCGGGCACCACAUGAAGGGGGGCAACAGCAAGCCUCAUCAACACCAAAGCCAGUGCCCAGGGGGCUUGGCAGCCUCGUCCCACAGAGCCUCAGUCCCACCUCCCUCCUCUGCUUCCUCGUCCUCCUCCUUGGCCCAGCACCCUCAGGUCGGUGGCCGUGGCCACAAUGGCAGCCUGGUCCCCCAGACUCAAAGCAGAUAACAGCUCCUCAGCCCCAGCCCAGACUGACAGGGGUAUCUAAAAGACAGACUUGGUGGCAGGGGAAGAGGGGCACUGUGAAAACAGUAUCACUGUACUACUCUGCCAAGCUUUGUUGGUUUUGUUUGUCCAUUUGAAUUGUCCAGACAUUUCAUUGUCAUUUACAGCCUGAGGUAGACCUGUGGUGGAGUAAGGGAAUGUGUGGUCAAAGGUAAAACUGUCUCUGAAUUGCAGAAUUGAAGAUGCCUGGUGUUUUCUGUGUUCUGUCAGUCAGGUUUGAAUAACAAGACGAGAUUUGCAGAAGUUGCAUUAUCUUUUGUUUGAUCAUUCCUUUCAUGUGGCUUGAGCACCACAACGGUUCAUCUCCUGGUUUCAACAGUGUCCCAGUGACAGCUCAUUUAAACAGUUCAGAAGACAACAACCUUCUUUAACUUGACUACCUGCAGCUGAGAAGCAGAAGAGAAUACAACCAGGUUCAUACUAUAAAAGGUCGUAAUACAUUGUGUCUUGGUUUGCCAACCAAAUUUUAUUCUCUUCACAAAGAUAAGGUUGUCACACAGAAGCAAACAGCACAUGUGAAAGAGAAACAGUUUAUGUCUUUAUGAAGAAUACUUUUCUUUAGACAGUAAUUAAACCCGGAGGCUCAAUUGCGUUUGCAAGGCAACUGCUUCAUUUGGCAAAAGCAGUGGCCUCAUCCUCCAACAUGUGUGUAUGUCAUACAGACAUCACAUACAUUUUGAAGUAAAAUGUUGAUAAAAUCAAACUAUGUGAAGUUUUCCUUUUGAUUGACUACUGUCCAGAUGUAAUUGCCUAUGUUGUUAGGAAAUUGUGUUCUAAUGUCAUGAUGAUGAAUUUCCUGGUUCCUGUUUUUAGACCAUGCCUCCACACACCUGCCCCCCACCGGUGAUUCUGAUGCCAGGUUAGGACUGUAUGCAUUUCGGUCAGCACGUGGCAGGCCAGUUUUAACUGUUGGUUUUCUGUGUUCUCGGUCUGUUUCAUCUUUCUGCAGUGUAUCCCUGCCUCCCAUGUGUGUUUUUGUGUUUUCUAAGCCUGGUUGACAAUUCAGACACAAACACAGCACAAACAUUGAAAUGGAAAAAAGGAACAAUAAUAAUGUACAAAAAGACCGUAAGAAAAUUUGAAGUAUAGUAUUACAGAUUAAUUUUGUAUUGUAUUUAUUGUGUAUAAUGACACUUUUUAAAAAGAAAUGUACAUUUAGUAAAAGUGUAAAUUAAACCUUGCUUCUUUUAUGAAA